AUUUUUGAUUGGACAGACAUACCGGAAGUUGUGACAAUGCAGACAUUGGUUUUCGGUGGGAAAACAAGUUCGACACUGUGUGCAAUUUGUAAACUAUAUAUCUAUAGUCCGCGGCAAUUAUUCCCAAAGAAAAGAAAAUAGUAGUUUUACAAUUUACGUCACUUGAAGUAUUUAGGUUUAUUGGGGGUGAAAGUACACUCACCCUAUUGUUUGCUAGUAUGCUAACACGGUAGCGAGAAACCAUAUUGAUCUAUUUUUCGGUCAAAGUACUAUUUUUAUGGCGAUCUAGGUCUUGUGAGUGACUGUAGUGCUUAACGAGAAAACACGCGCUCGCUUAAUUUACGCACACGGGUUCAUUAACCAGCGUCAACAACAACAUGCCCGAAAUCAAACUACAGCACGUCGUGUCGUGCAGCACGGAGGACAAUACUCACAAAGCAGACAACCUGCUGAGCUCGGACACGUAUAGAAAGUGGAAAGCGGCCAGAGCCGGAGAGAAGCAAACUUCAGUCAUCUUGCAGUUUGAGAAGGAGGAGCAGGUGCAUAGCAUGGACAUUGGCAAUGAAGGCUCGGCUUUCGUGGAGGUUCUGGUGGGGAAUUCCUCGUCCAUCAGAGAGCAGGACUACGAGGUGUUGCUGGUCACGUCGUCCUUCAUGUCGCCCACAGAGAGCCGUAACGGCACCAACAUGAACAGGGUGCGCUUCUUCGGUCCCGGCCAGCUGCAGAAGAGCACGGCGCAGGGGAAGUGGGACCGGGUAAAGAUUGUCUGCAGCCAGCCGUACAGUAAAAACAUUGCAUACGGACUGGCCUUCGUCAAGUUCCAUUCACCUCCGGACAAAAACGAUCCUCCGGUGACGUCCCCGAAGCUGACUAAGCUGGGUCAGUUCAGGGUGAAAGAAGACGCUCCCUCGUCCGGCACCAACCUCCAGCCCGGCAGUCUGUUUUUCAGCCGGGACAUUGCGGCCAAGUCCAGCACCUCUCCAAAAGUGUCUCCUCCAAGUAACAAGCUGAGCUACGCCACUGCCGCCUUGCAGGCCUCUGGCCCCGCCUCCUCCUCAUUUUCCAGCUCUGCCUCGCCACAGCCGCCUGCAAAGAGAAAGUUUGAGUUCAGCAAAGAGCGCCAGUCCGCCCCCGGCGCCCCUCCUGCCAAGAAAAGCAGCCCUGGCAGCUCUCCUGAGUUCAAACAUGCGACGCCCAAGCUCAAGCGCAGCACGCUGAGUCCCAGCACUCCCAAAGCCUCACCAUCCAAGGCAGCCGCCUCUGCCGAAAAGAAGUGGGCCAGUUUGCCUAAACCCAAACAGCAGAAAGCCACCAAAGCGCAGAAUCCGGACCAAGUUCCUUUCAAGCGCAUCAUGGAGGGGGUGGUGUUUGUCCUCAGCGGCUUCCAGAAUCCCUUCAGAGGCGAGCUGAGGGAGAAGGCGCUGGAAAUGGGAGCCAAAUACAGACCGGACUGGACGCCCGACUCAACACACCUCAUCUGUGCCUUCACCAACACCCCCAAGUACAGCCAGGUCAAGUCAGCAGGGGGCAUCAUCGUGCACAAGGAGUGGGUGAUGGACUGCCAUAAAAGGAAACAGAAAAUCUCCUACAAACGGUAUUUGAUGGAUGGCGCAGAGUUGAGCUCAGAGAGUGAAAUGGAGGCAGACGAGCAGAGCGAGGAGGAAAUCAGCACAAAGACUCCACCUAAGCCUCAGAGGCAGGUCACCCCUAAAAAACAGGCGGAGGAGAGGCAAGAAGACGAGUAUGCCGCCUCCACUGAUGUUGAUGAUGAGCCAGACGCUGAUGACGAUUCAGCUGCAGACACGGAGGACGAGCUGCAGAGAGUGGAGACGAAGAACAGACAGAAGAAAGUGGCGGCCAGCAAGGCACCAAAGGAGGAGGAUCCUUACAGCGGCUCAACAGACGAGAACACGGACGCCGAGGAAGAGCAGGAUCAUCUCAUCCCAGAACUUCCUGACUACCUGAAAGGGAAGCACUUUUUCCUCUAUGGGAAAUUCCCUGACAGCGAGCGGCGACUCCUGACGCGCUACAUUGUUGCCUUCAACGGGUUAGAAAGACCUCACACGGGGCUCCGUUUACCAGCAGUCACGCGUUGGUCGGCUCCUGGUGGCUUCAUGGGUUUGUGUUGUGUUUGUGUGUCUGGCAGCACGCUGGAGGACUACAUGUCAGACAAGGUGCACUUUGUGGUGACCAGCCAAGGAUGGCACGACUCCUUCGAGGAUAUGUCAUUUAUAUUGGUGUUCCAGUCCCUACAGCGGCGAAAAGCUGUCACUAAGCGGGGAUUCCCCUGAAAAUGGUUGGUUGUAUGUGUUGUUGUACUUCAGAUACUGCUUUAUCAUGAUUGUUAAACUUUCCCCUUCAAUUUGGUAUGAAAUGAAUAUGCAGAGCUAAACCAUAGCCAUUGUGAGUCCAUUAAAAAAAAUAAUAAAAUAAAUAAGUGAAGGGGAAAUUCAAUCCAUUCAAAGGGAAGGAUGCCAGCAUGGAGCUGGAAUAAAAGACAUGUAGGAUGAUGACUUAUGUAAAGUAUUUUUUAGGGCUGGGAAUCUAUGGCCACCUCAUGAUUCCAUAAACAUGAAACAGAUGAAUUGACUUCCAUGAUCUUUGAAUCAUUUGAAGGUUCCAUCUACCAACAUUAUUGCCAUUGCACACAACCAGCAGGAAAAGUCAAGAGCGCCAGGAGCAAGAAGAAUAACCUGCCCUUGUUGACAAGAAUACAUGAAUAGGCCACAAGGAAUCAACAUACCUCAGCAACAUAUGGCUCUCAUUCAUUCCACAUGAGGUGCUAGCCUCCAGUCAUCAGUAAGGAAGUACGCCGUUACGGUGACAUUAUGGUGCCUAUUCUGGGUUGGGUGGAAAAUAGUUAUCACCUGGCAGUUUUUCCUCCUGGUUGGGGUGGAAACAUGUUAUGUGUUUUCUCGUAUUGGUCGUGUUCCCAAAAUAUUUGAAGCUUGUCUGCCAAAGCCUGCAUGUCGUCCAGCUCUUGUCCAGCUAAUUUUUACCUUCAACCACGUGAAAGCCAAAGUGCUUCCAGACGCUCGAUGUAAAUCCAGCGGGUGCGGUUCGGAGUCUAUGCUCAUCCGUUCAGGCAGCGUCUUACACUUAGGUGCACCACCAUAAACUGUCCAGGCGGCACUUCUGCUUUCCGUCUUUUUGUUCCGUUCUUUUUUUUGUUCUGUCAGCCAAGUUCUAGCCGUUUGUAUGAUUUACUUCAUUUGUCACUAACUUUUUCAUGUCAUAAAAUGACCAUGCGCAAAUGAGAUGAAAUUGCCAUCAGAUGGUGUUUUAUACACAACAGACGCCAAUGAAGUAUUCCAUGGUGUAGCACGCCACACACACAGCUAGCAAGUAGCGCACCUCCUAGCCUCCCCCCACUUGGGACAAAGAGAGUGAUUGGCUGACAGGAGGGUUCACUCCCUCCGUUCAUUCUCCUAUAGAACGGACACGACCAGGUGUUGGGACAGCAUCUUGUCAUCCAGCCUGUUUGGUAGAGAGAGGAUGAGCCAAACACGCAUGCACCUGUGGAUAUCCCUUCCUUUUUAUUUAGCAUGACAUUCAUUGCUUUAUUGAUACUAUGUGGGGAUGCGUGCGUAAAGGUAAGAUGACUUCAUGAGCUAAUUGAGUGCUAAUGUGCAUGUUUCUUCUCUGAGAAACCAAGUCCAGGCUGGUACUGGUGGGUGAUGACUCUGUAUUCAUUUAGUGCUUUUCAUUUGAUGUUGUUCCUGUCUUACAUUUACACAAUACAUCAUCAACAACGUCAAUGAGGUGGCUAUAAUGUAUGUACUGUAUGUUGAAAAUCUUUCCCGGUGACGAGCUAGUGUGCUGCUGAUGCUAUUUACAUCCUACAUGCUAUUUACAGAAUUUACAUCAUUCUGGUCUUCAACAUGCUAAGCGACAGCAUGAGCAACAAUCGUUCCACCGGGACCCCAGGCUGUUUAAGAGCUGGGCUGCCGAGCAUCUGCUAGCCUUGCGAUACAAGUGCAUGUCUCUAUGAUUCAUUAAUCUAAGGACUUAUGGCUGAUUCCUAGCCAUCCAGGAGGCUGAUACCAUGCAGCCCUAAGGUGUGGUGACUUCAGCGUGGUAGUCUAAUGCUUUUUAGCCAUCAAAGGAUUGUGGUGGUGAGGACAUACUGCAGCGUUUGAAGCUCUACCUUUUUUCUUCUUGCAGGCUCUGAUGGACAACGGCAACCUGAACUUUGUCAAACCAGCUUGGAUUUACAGCAUCAAUGAGCGCCAGAAGCUGCUGCCCUACCAGCCAUACACUGUGGUGCCCUGAAGGCACCCCCAUGGCACCUGCAGGCAGCCAUCAUCUUUUGUUUGUUUUACAUAACUAGGGACAGACAUUCUAUUCAUGACCUGCAGGUGUUUUCUUGAUCCACCGAAGUCACAUGGUUUUCUUAUUUUGUUGAGUCUUUUUCGACUCGCGGCUACCAGGGGUCUCUGUCUGGAAGGAAGUCCUGGCUGUGUUGUGGUUGCUGGCGGUGCUGAUGAGAUGAGCUCAUGCAAGCAGGCUCGCCUUUAUGAGGCUGCUGCAGUCCGGCAAGACGUCCAGUUACUUGGGGACGAGUCUUUCUGUCCUUGAAAGCCCCGUAGCACUGUGUGUGCAUGGUUUGGGGUUGUUUUUAGUUGUAGUAAAUGUGAUGAUGUGAGGCUGUUGGUGUCUGAGGGCAACACUGCUUUGGUUUGGUC